CACUUCGCUGCAGUGCCUGUGCUAGCGGGAUCCGACCUCAAAUGCAAGUUGGUUCGGUAACUGGCUGGAAACCUUCCAACUGCUUGACAUCGCAAACCCUCGACUCUGCCCCUCGUCGCAGAUUCCCCCCUCACCAUGGCGACGAACCAAGCAGAUUACAAGGACCGGCAGUUUCUUGCUGUUAUCGGCGACGAGGACUCCGUCACGGGCUUGCUAUUAGCAGGCAUCGGGCACGUCACCACCACGGCCGACCAGCAGAAGAACUUCCUCGUCGUUGAUAGCAAGACGGAGACCUCCGCCAUCGAGGCGGCUUUUGACAGUUUUACAGAGCGCAAGGACAUUGGCAUCGUCCUAAUCAACCAGCACGUUGCGGAUCGCAUACGGUAUCGCGUCGACACCUACACUGCCGCAUUUCCAGCAGUGCUGGAGAUCCCCAGCAAGGACCACCCUUACGAUCCCGAAAAGGACAGCGUACUGAGAAGGGUCCGGCGGUUGUUCGGCGAAUAAACAUGGGCAUGUAUUAGCGAUCCGAGGAGGAAUCGAUUUGACGUUUGACGGACAUGAUAUUCAGGGGAUGUGGAAGCUCGAUGAGUUAGAAAGUCUUUGUUCAAGGAAGCCCUCUCAAUCCUGGAGGGGUAUAUAAUAAACAAUCUUAUUCCAUGCCAAUGACCUUACACGUUACGAAUAGAUCUCAAAGAGAACAAUAUCAUUCAGCCCCCUUCCUCCUCUCUUAUCAGGACAGAUGGCUUGGAGGAAAUGUCUG